AGCCUCAGUACCAAGAUGUCAGCUUUAGUUUUUAAUACGGUGAGCUUCAUGCUUCUCUGCGGACUCCUCCAACCAGCAAGUCCAUGGUGGUGGAAUUCACCUGAGGAUGAAACCACAGUGGCUCCUGUGAGUAAGAAGCCCAACGAGGUGUCAGCUUCUCGGGCUAAGAGCGAAGACGCACAGUUGCCUAUUGUUCCUGGUAAAAAGACUCCAGCAGAUGAGGAAGAAUCACUGAAGGACAUCAAUCUGCUGCAACUAGUUUCAGAAACUUCUCCGGAGAUACCCCUGAUUGAAGGCCUGAAUGGAGGAAUGGCCCUUGAUUUUCACUCAAUCAGCCCCAGUGUCAUCCCAGCUCAGCCACUCUUUCCAAAAUAUUUUUACAAAGAUUUUUCUAUUCUAGCCACACUGAAACAGACCAAUCUGAAUGGUGGGUUUAUCUUUGCUCUCAUGGGUGCUCCUCAUGAGGUCAUUAACCUUGGGGUUAAGCUGUCUCCAGUGGAGGACAACAUCCAGAUGAUCAACUUUUACUACACACCGUCUGACUCCGAGAUCUCCAAUAAAGUGACUUCCUUCAGCGUGCCGGCCAGGAUCAACCAAUGGACAAGGUUUGGACUCAGUGUUGAGGGGAACAUGGUCACUCUUUACUUACAGUGUCAGAGGCCACAGCGACUUUCAUUCAAGAGAGUAUCCGACCCGCUGAUGUUUAAAUCAAAUUCCAAUUUAUUCAUUGCCAAAGCUGGAGGAGUCAACGGAGACAAGUACACUGGAGUUAUUCAACAUCUGUCAAUCACACCAGACACAGAGGCAGCAGAGAAGGAAGAAAUUGUAACAUGUGAUGACACCCUGAUUGAUGAAGACGAUGAGGAUGAACCGAGGUUUUCUGGGAUGAUUCAAAGCGUGGGCUCAAAGGACCAGGAAAUUACAUUUGUCACCACAUUAAAUCCAAAAACUGUUCAUCUAUCAAAAGUGUCCUCUCCUGAGAAAUCUGUGCUGGACACCGAAGAGGGGAGUGUGACUGAUUUUGAGAUUGAUUCUGUCCAGACCACACAAGCACAGUCAGUGAGCUCCCAACAUAAGGAGUCGAGCCUGCAGUCCACAAUGGGAAUGCAAACAGCUGGGGAGGAAGAUGGUGUUAUUGACGUAGAAGUGGUGGAAGUGGGACCUACAACAUCCAUCAGAGACAAGGCUGGUGAGUCUGGUUCAGGUUCUUGUCCAAUGAUCUCUGGGCCGCCAGGGCCAAAGGGUGAGAAAGGAGACCGGGGGAUCGUUGGUUUACAGGGCCCAAAAGGUGAUCUUGGUGUAGCAGGAACUGAUCGGUUUCAAGGCCACCCUGGAGCUGUAGGACCCCAGGGCCCGAAAGGAGAGAUGGGUCAUCCAGGUUUACAGGGAGAAGUUGGAAAACCAGGACCUCCAGGCUUUGAUGAUUCCAGUCAAAAGGGUGAAAAGGGUGACAUUGGACCUCAAGGGCAAUCGGGUCCAGUCGGGCCCCCAGGACCUCCUGGGAUGCCUGGUGAUCAAGGAGCUUCAUGCACAUCUUGCGAAGCUAUCAAAGGUGAUCAAGGUUCUCCAGGACUAACAGGUCCACAGGGUAUCUCCGGAAUGCCUGGUCCUCCAGGAAUACCAGGACCAAUUGGACCAUCAGCGCCAAUGGGCAAAUGUGAUGAGCAAUGUUACUCCCAGCCAGGACUUCCUGGUCCUCCUGGCCCACCGGGACUAUCUUGGUAUGAUGUGGAGAAGGGACACAUUUUUGACAACAAGAAUCUAUUCGUAACAAAAGGAGAAAUUGGCCUCCCUGGCCGGUCGGGGCGUCCUGGAAUGAAAGGGGAAAAAGGGGAAAAGGGUGAAACAAAUUCUAUUCGAGAACAUAAAGGACUCCAUUGUGGUGUUGCGGGUCUGCCUGGGCUCCCAGGACCCCCAGGACCCCCAGGAGUGCCAGGGAUCGUUUACUAUAAUAGAGUUUUCCCUGUUCCUCAAAGACCUCACUGCAAAACCCCUGUGAAGCAUGAAAACUACCGUGACCUUCAUCGUAAACCAGACAUUCACAGCAAUAAAAUCAAUGACAAUCUCUUAGGCAGCAAUGUAAAGAGCCAUGUAUUUAAGAAUGUGGAUCUCAUGCUAAAAGCCACCCAAAUGAUACCUGAAGGCUCACUGGUCUACGUGACUGAAGAAAGUAAAGUCUUUGUUCGAUUGCAAUAUGGCUGGAACAAACUUUGUGUGGAUGAGUUCCUUGCUGGUAUACCAGCUGAUGACCCCACAGUAUCAGGUGAAGCAAAAAAAGAUCCUCCAAAGCUUGAACAUAGAAACCUGAUUCACCAUAGAAGAAGGCUUCACUUAGUGGCUCUGAAUACCCCAAUGAAGGGUAAAAUGGCUGGAAUCCGCAGUGCUGAUUUGCAGUGUUUCCAGCAGGCUCAGGAAGCCGGACUUCUGGGAACAUUUCGUGCAUUCCUCACUUCUAGCAACCAAGACCUUAUUUCUGUUGUGAGAAGGGCGGACAGAGCAUCUGUGCCAAUUGUUAAUCUGAAGGGUGAUGUACUCUUUCUCAAUUGGAACAGUCUCUUCAGUGGCUCUGGUGGAUAUUUGAAACCCAAAACACCUAUUUAUUCCUUCAAUGGCCACAAUGUCAUGACUGACCCCUUAUGGCCUCAUAAGUUAGUGUGGCAUGGAUCAAGCACGCAAGGUAUUCGAGCGACCAAUAGCUUUUGCAAUGAAUGGCGAAAUGGGGACAAUGCCAGAGGACUUGCAUCAAUGCUCAAGAGUGGGAAGCUCCUGGAACAGCAUUCUUACACCUGUAUUAACUCGUUUAUAGUUCUCUGUAUUGAAAACAGCUUCAUAAACAGUUAUAACAAGAAGAAAUAAUUAUUGGCAGUUCUAGAUUUUACACUUUUAAGAGGUCAUGUGAGAAAGAUUGCUGAUUUGGCACAAUUAUAAGAAAAAAAAGGAUGAUUUAUAAUGGAAGUAUUUUUGUUUCAGCAUUACCAAUAUAUAUGUGCUUACAUCUUGUCAGUACUGUUUCCACUAUAAUGUGUAAUAAGAUUGCUAAUAUUUCUUAUAUUAAAAAAGCUAAAACCCCCAAAUCACCAAACUAACUCUUAAAUAACUAUGAUUCAGAUUAUCUUCAUGAUACAUUCAUUUGUUUAAAUAAAAAUUCUGUGUUGAAUGUU